AUGUCGGCGUACAAGAAGGAUGAAGAGAGUGGCGUGGGCCAAUUCUUCCAGGACAAGACGGUGAGUGGUUCUUCGGAAGGGUGCCGCGUAGGGCGUGGCUGGUGAUGUGGUAGGGUGGCUAUAUGGUCGCUAUGGUCGGUCGUCGGUCGUCGGUCGUGAGCGCUGUCGUCGUGUCACCCAUCCAUCCCAAUCCACACCCCGCCCGCCGGUGCCAGCCCAGACGACGAGGCAGUCAGCAACGCCGCGUGUCCGCUGUCAGCUUCGCCCCAGCAGCAGCGCGCCCUUCCUCGCCCAUCCGCAUCGCACACCACACCGCAACUAACACCCACCUCAUCGCAUCGUCACCACACUCGCACAGACCGUGAUCCAAGAAGCGCGCGUCUUCAACGAGACACCCAUCUCCCCGCGCAAGUGCCGUAUCCUGUUGACCAAGAUCGUCUACCUCCUCAAUGUCGGAGAGACCUUUGGCAGCCAGGAGGCGACCACCUUGUUCUUUGGCGUCACCAAGCUGUUCCAGCACAAGGAUGUGAGUUGGGCGUCGGCCCGGGUCGAUCGCGUUCGAAGAGGGGUCACCGUCGACGUGCUCGGCGAGGCGUGAUCAGUCGCUGCGGGUGCUAUGCUGUCGAUAAGAGCGAGAGCACGGCUGGCGCGCGACAAUUCAAGUCCGUCACAUACAGUAUCCUUGUACUGACAACGAGACUUUCUCCGCACGCGCCAUUCCUUCCGGGUCCACGACCCAACAGAGCGCGCUCCGACAAAUGGUCUACCUCGUCAUCAAGGAACUGUCUGGCAUCGCAGAGGACGUCAUCAUGGUCACCUCGUCCAUCAUGAAGGACAUGCAGCCCAACCUCGAGGUCAUCUACCGACCCAACGCGAUCAGGGCUCUGUGCAGGAUCAUCGACGUCAGUUCACCUCGCCACGAGCCACGCGCUUUCCCCAUUAAUUUCAUUCGUCCGCACCGGUGCUGAUGCCCCCUCUCCCCCUCGCGUCUUGGCACAACCCACACAGGGCUCCAUGAUCGUCGGGGUCGAGCGCUUCUUCAAAGCCGCGAUCGUCGACCGCAACUCGUCGAUCGCCUCGGCCGCGCUCGUCUCGGCGUACCACCUCCACCCCGUCGCGCGCGACGUCGUCAAACGAUGGGCCAACGAAGCCCAAGAAGCCAUCAACAACAAGGGGAACUCGGGUGGAGCGUACGGCGGAGCAGGACAGGCGGGCUAUCAGGCCGUGCAGAGUGCGUCGGCGAUCACGCAGUACCAUGCGCUUGGGUUGUUGUACCUCAUUCGACAGGGGGACCGGAUGGCGACGAUCAAGAUGAUCCAACAGCUUUCGGCGAACAAGGGUUCCGGCGGCGGCAGUCUGAGGAGUCCAUAUGCGAUUUGCAUGCUCAUUCGUUUCGCCGCGAAGGUGAUGGAGGAGGACCCCAAGUGAGUGGAUAACGCUUAGGAUCCGUCCCUCGGAGCGUCUUUCUUCGCAGCGUUCGGGGACGCUGAUUGUGGGGAUGUGGUCUCCACCUCAUAGUGUGCACCGACAAAUGUACGAGCUCUUGGACGGUUACCUCAAACAUAAAAGUGACAUGAUCAACUACGAAGCCGCGCGCGCGAUUUGCGAGAUGCACAACGUCACCGCCGCCGAACUCUUCCGACCUAUUGCUGGUGAGUCGCAUAGGACCAGACCGCCGACACGGGGUCUUGGGAUGUAUACUGACUUCAAACCUGGCCUCGCAGUCCUGCAACUCUUUUUGACCUCUCCCAAAGCGACGCUCAAAUUCGCCGCGAUGCGCACGCUCGCCCAACUCGCGCAAACCCACCCCGGCGCCGUGCAGACGUGCAACCUCGACAUGGAGAAGCUCAUCAACGACGAGAACCGUAGCGUGGCAACGUUCGCGAUCACGACCUUGCUCAAGACCGGUAACGAGGCCUCGGUCGAUCGGCUGAUGAAGCAGAUCUCGGCGUUCAUGUCCGAGAUCUCGGACGAGUUCAAGGUCAUCGUCGUCAAUGCGAUCCGUUCGUUGUGCCUCAAGUUCCCGGCCAAGCAAUCGACAAUGUUGACGUUCCUUUCGGGGGUGUUGCGUGAUGAAGGAGGAUACGAGUUCAAGCGCGCGGUCGUCGAGGCCAUCUUUGACAUGAUCAAGUUCAUCGGCGAUAGCAAAGAGGCCGCGCUUGCUCAACUGUGCGAGUUCAUCGAGGAUUGCGAGUUCACCAAGCUCUCGGUCAGGAUCUUGCACUUGCUUGGUGUCGAGGGCCCCAAGACGCCGCAACCGAGCAAAUACAUUCGGUACAUCUACAACCGCGUCAUCCUCGAGAACGCGAUCGUGCGUGCGGCCGCCGUUUCGUCGCUCGCCAAGUUUGGCGUCAACGUCGCGGACCCCUCGGUCAAGAAGAGCGUCGAGGUGUUGUUGACGAGGUGCCUCGAUGACGUCGAUGACGAGGUGAGGGAUCGCGCCGCGUUCAACCUCAAGUUGAUGAAGGACGACCCGCUCGCGACCACGUUCGUGCGCGACGACUCGACCUUUUCCCUCGAGGCGCUCGAGGCCCAAUUACAGCAAUACGUCGCGGACCCCGAUGCGUCCUCGGCACCGUUCGACCUGGCGACGAUCCCCAAGGUUUCGAAAACGCAGUCGUUGCAGGCCGCGUUGCGUGCACAGUCCGACGCACUUUCGAUCGUCGCGACUGGGUCGGCGAGGAUCGAGUCGAAUGGUGGGGAUGCGCAUGGUGGUGGUGGUGCGAAUGGUCAACCGGCGACGGCCGCGGAGUCGCAAUCGAUGUACGCGAGUCAAUUGGCCGAGAUCCCCGAGUUGACGGGUUAUGGUCCGGUUCUGAGGAGCAGCGCGAAGCCGCUGGAGUUGACCGAACGAGAGACCGAGUACGUCGUCACUUGCGUCAAGCACCUCUUUGCCGAACAUGUCGUCUUCCAGUUCAAUAUCCGGAACACGGUCGAUGCGGUCGUCUUGGAGCGCGUGUCCGUUUUGAUGACGCCCACACCGGAGACACCCUUGACCGAGGACUUUAUCAUCCCCAUUCCUUCGCUGGCGCCUUCCUCUUCAGGUGUCGUUUACGUCUCCUUUACCCGAUCGGACCCGAACGAAUACGCCAUCGGGACCUUCGCGAACGCGCUGCGCUUCGUUUCAAAGGAGUUCGACCCCGAAUCGGGCGAACCCGAGGACGAAGGCUACGACGACGAGUACCAGAUCGAGGAAGUCGACUUGGACGCCGGCGAUUACCUGAUCCCUUCGUACGCGGCGUUCCAGACCGAGUGGGAUCGAUUAAGGACCGCCGCGAACAGGACCGAGACGUUUGCUUUGACGGCGUUGGAUUCGCUCAAGGCCGCGUGCGACUCGUUGGUCGAAGUCUUCAACCUCGAACCUCUGGGAGGGACCGAAGUGCCGAGUUCGACGAGCGUGCAUACGUUGCAAUUGGCCGGUAUCGUUGCCGGUGGAGGUGGCAAGGUUUUGGUCAGGGCCAGGAUGACGUACCAGAGUGGGAAAGGGGUCACGAUGGAAUUGGCGGUGAGGGCAGAGAAGGAACCAGCGGCGAAUUUGAUCAUCGGUGCGCUUGCUUAA